AUGCCACAGAAUGGCAUGGCCGUCUUCUUCGCACUCUUCACUCUUCUCAUUUUCCCUCAUACCUUGACAUGUGCUAUUAUAGAACAUGAGGGGUUCCAGAUAAAGACAGAAAUUAUCUCCCCAACUCGAGUUCGACUCUCCUGGGAGGGUGUGGGUGAGGUGGAGGGUGGCAGAGCUUCAAGGUUCCGCGUUCUCUGCUCUUCUCCAGGCAGUGCUCCUGUUGAAGCAGUUACUACGGCAAAGAGGAUAGAAAUGGACACUUUUACACCCGGAGCGGAGUACACUUGUGAGGUGCAUCCAGUCUGGGAUAAUUUAUUUGAGGGAAUAGAGGUGAUUUCUGCAAAUCCGGGUACUUCACAACCAUUUGUGAUGGACUUCAAAGAGCCGGAAGUUUCAACUGAGAAAGUUAGAAAUGAGGAAGAAAAAGAAGAGGAGAAUCAUAGUGUUAACGAUGAACAUGAGGCCCAAACAACAAAAGAGGGGCCGAAUGAGCCUCAUAACACAAGUGAAGGGUCGGCUGACCUCACCACUGUGAAGCCAGAGGAUAAUAUUCCCGAAGUGGCAGUAACUCCACAAGUUCAAGCUGAGGCCACAAGUGGAGGAGUCGCUAGGGUGAGGUGGGAGCCAGUGGGCGAGAAUGGAGUGAAUGCAUCGAGAUAUCGAGUGAUCUGCCAAACGGAGGAUCUCCUCCAACAGCCGAUCAAAAUUGCUUCGACUAAACAGACCGUGGUAGAGGUAGGGACGUUUGAACCAGGUCUGGAGUACACCUGCUCUGUCUAUGCCAUUUGGGAUAAUCUGGCCUCUGGCGCAGAGGUGGUGUCUAUAGCUCCUGGGAUUUCAAACGCUUUCAGAAUGCCUAAUAGAGCUGAACAUCGGUUUGUGCGGAUAUUUACCCUCCUGUACCCGAUUGCUGUAACCCUUUGCAUGCAAAUGUAG